AUGGCACGCGGAGAACUACCAGAAUUCGUCGACAAAAAUAUGCGUGUAUCAUCUCAGUUGGACGACUCCAUGUAUGGGAACGAUUUUGGUGCCGUGCCUGGGAUUUUCUAUCCUAACCAAAAUCGGCCUGUUUCAGCACGUGCUCGCACAUACCAUGAUGAAUGUCGGAAUUACGGGGCACCUCAGCCGUUCCAUUUGGCAAAACAGCUUGCGACGAUAAACUACUACGAAACUACUCUUGACUUCCAGAAAUUUCGGAAUCAUGACUUGGUUCCAGAGAAUGACGGGUUGUAUCCUUUCGAGAGUAAGCUUAAGAGCGGAUCGCACUACAAUAAUUUCGGAAAGAAACCCAUGUUCAGCACUUGCGAACUUGGCUCAGAAUCAGGCAGCACAUGGUCUACUGAGAAGUUGGGCCCACUCCUCAGCACGGGGGGGUACGAUUGGUGGCAGAUCGGCUGGGCGGAUGUCUUUGAACUCAGAUCCAAAUUAAUCGAUCGGAAUGACGGUAUCUUGAUACACGCAAAUUCAAUUGUCGUAACUGAUGCCGUUGGCCGGCCUCUAUCGUAUCCCCCGAUUCACGUGCACCACAUCCACUUGGCAAUGCAACCAGCAGUGCGCCCGAGACAAGCAGAGUACUUCUGUGGUUUAAACACUCCAAAGCCGUGCUACAACUGGAGCUGGGCGAUGGAAUGGCAUGGAGACUAUGAGUGUCGAGAUGACGAAGGGGGAGUUGGAUGCCUGUUUGAAGACUACCCAGAGGGUUAUGCUCGUCAUCUGACUGAGCCCAUUGAUUUGGAAGGUGAAAUCAACGACGUCCGUCCUCGAGGAUCUGCACCCAUGGAAUGGUACUUAAAUGUUGGCGUUCUCUGGCAGUAUAAAGACGAUAGCGAAGCGUUCAUUCAGCUGAUAUCUUCAGCCCUGUGGGCUGGGGUGCCUGGACGCCAGGACUUGUACAACCAGCAGACCUAUGUUAAUACCUUCCCUGCGCCCAUAGACUUCGAUAGUUUUGCAUGGGGCAAUAUGAAGAUGCCAUUCAACGGGGAGCUGGUUCGAAACAAAAUUCACUCCCACAUGACGUCUUUCUACAAGAUGGUGAUGGUCGUUGGAGACGUCUCUCGAAUCAUCCCUGAGAGCACGCUAAGGCCAUCCGCCUUUGUGGCAGAUAUUUCACCAAGCUGGCGGUUUUCCACGACCGCCCGUAAUGUAGCCGACUAUGGCCAUAGCAGCAGCCAGGCCAUGUUUCAGUCGUAUUACGGCACCAUUCUUGAUGAGGAAAAGCUCGAUUUGAUUUGCGUCAGUGAAUCCGACCUCGCGGAAGUAGACGGCUACAUCUACGACCGCAAACCAAUUACAAGAUGUAAGAAUUGGGUUUUUAAUCAAGGGGAUGAUGUUUUUACUCUUGGAUGGAUGGUAAAAAAAACAUUUAAGUUCUCCGUCGGUGAACCCGACAAUUUUGAUGGCACUAUUAUCUCUCGUACUGUCCCGCAGCAUCUUGCAAACUUUUUGCAAUUUGUUAGCCAUGACAGAGAUUCGCGAAUUACUCUGUGCUUCGGCAUCCCUAUUGCGGCUGUUGCCAUGCCUAUCUACAUUGUCUUGAAGAAAAAGGCGGACUAG